AAGAAUGUUGAUGGUGGAUUUUGAUUUUCAGUUUCUCCGUUUUUAAAUAUAAAGUCUCCUCACAUUAUUUUCCAUCAGAUCAAGAAAGUCAAGAAAUUCUCUUCAAUGGCAUUCAAGAAUCUGUCUUUCUUCUUCUUACUACUCGUCAUUAUUUCACUCUUUACUUUCAGCUCACAACACCGUCCCCGUCCCCGCGGCGGACGCGAGCUCGACCCCUCCAUGUCGCCGGACAUUUUAUCCUCCUCCGCCUCCCCAUCAAGAUUUCAAUCACACAUUUCGACCUCACUCUUCUUCUCAUCAAGCAUUUCUUUACCCACCACAUCACACAACUCCGACACCAUGGUCGGCGGCGGAGAAUGGUCCCUUCUGCAGGAAACCAUCGGGGUCUCCGCCAUGCACAUGCAACUCCUCUACAACAACAAAGUCCUAAUCUUUGAUCGCACGGAUUUUGGCCCUUCAAACCUAACCCUACCCUCCGGAAAAUGUAGACACAGCGAUGAAGCCGUUUCACAGGAUUGCACAGCACACUCCCUCCUCUACGAUGUGGCUUCGAAUACCUACCGCCCGCUCCUGGUGAAAACCGACGUCUGGUGCUCCUCCGGCGCCGUUAAUUCUGAAGGAACCCUUAUACAAACUGGUGGUUAUCAUGGUGGUGGCCAUAAAAUAAGGCUCUUCAGACCCUGUGAUGAUGACCAAUGCGAUUGGAUCGAGCUGCACCAGAACUUAACAGUUCAUAGAUGGUAUUCUUCUGAUCAUAUUCUGCCCGAUGGACGUGUGAUCAUAGUAGGUGGAAGAAGCUCUUUUAGCUACGAAUUUUUCCCCAAGAACACAUUUGAAAACAGCUUUUAUUAUUUCCCAUUCUUGAAAGAAACCACUGAUAUGAAAGAAGAGAACAAUCUUUAUCCAUUCUUGUACCUGUUGCCCGACGGCAACCUCUUUGUCUUCGCUAACCAGCGUUCUGUACUGUUGAACUACAAGAAGAACAAGAUUGUUAAAGAAUUUCCGGUGAUCCCCGGCGAAAAAAGAACGUACCCAGCAACAGGCUCCUCUGUGAUGCUGCCAUUGAAGUUAACUGCCGGAGAAUGGGAUGACUCUCCGUCUCAUCCGGAAGUGGAGGUGAUGGUGUGCGGUGGUGCAAGAGGUGGCGCUUAUAUGAAGGCUGUAGAGGGUUUGUACGUGGCAGCUUCGAGUUCAUGUGGAAGAAUCCGGGUUACGGAUCAAGAACCGAAAUGGGAAAUGGAGGAUAUGCCAAUGGGUCGGGUGAUGCCCGACAUGCUACUUUUACCGACGGGUGAUGUCAUCAUUGUCAACGGGGCCGCAAAUGGAACGGCUGGGUGGGAAUGCGCGAUCAACCCUGUGUUGAACCCGGUUAUUUACAAACCAUAUGAACCCGACCCGACUAAAAGAUUCAGUGUGCUCAAUCCCACUAAAAUUGCUAGAAUGUACCACUCAGCAGCUACCUUGCUGCCCGACGGAAGAGUUCUAGUCGGCGGAAGCAAUCCGCACGUGAGGUACAACUUCACAGGCGUCAGGUACCCCACGGAGCUAAGCUUGGAAGCAUUUUCUCCACCAUACCUGGCCUCAGAGCACGCCCAUCUCCGCCCUUCAAUUCUGUCAACAGAGGGUCCCUCUAAUAAUGUCAUAUCGUACGGCCAGCAGUUCGCCAUCACUUUCACCUUAGGGAUGUACCAGCAUGUGGGAGAAUACAUGGUUGCAAUGGCUGCACCCUCGUUCACCACACAUUCAUUCGCGAUGAACCAGAGGCUUCUGGUGUUGUACGUCGUGAAUGCCCACCAGCUUUCUGCUUUUGACCAUAAGGUUACUGUGUACGCGCCUCCAACAGCUAACAUUGCACCUCCGGGUUAUUAUAUGCUGUUCGUGGUGCACCAGGGCGUACCUGGACAUUGUGUUUGGAUCAGAAUUAAAUAACUGAACUCUUGAUUGUUUGAACGGAUGAGGAAAAUGUAAGAAUAGAAGGAGCAAUAGUAGUGUCAAUUCUCUUGACAAUUAUUCCCUUUUCAUGUUAGCUGCUUGAGUUGUUUUCAUGCGUAUCAACAUCAAAUCAGACAUGAAUUGAUCAAGCAUCAAGCAAAAAUGAAAAUUAAGUAGUGGAGAUGCGGGGUAUCGAUCCCCGUACCUCUCGCAUGCUAAGCGAGCGCUCUACCAUCUGAGCUACAUCCCCUGUUGUUAGGGCACUUAUUUUUUCUUAAUUGCCAAAGAAAUUAAGGAAUUUUUUUGAGUUAUGGGAACAAAGUCAUGUUGUUGAUUUGCAAACAGUGGAAAAUUCGAUGAGAUCAAGUUCUUUCCAUUUCAAGGGUGACCAGAUCAUUCUGAUAUCAGUAUUGAACAUGAUGUUACAAAACAAGAACUAACAUUGGACUUUUGAUAUGAUCCAAUUUAUGCUGUAGCCAGAUCUAGUACCUCUUGCUGUGCCUCCAUGAUCAGCAAAUCAUCGGAAUA